UGUUUUGGUUUUUGCCCAGUAGACUCUCGGGCCACUCAGCUUUCCUGAUCCCCCUCGCUGACACUGCACCGUUGGUUUCCUUCUUCGCCUAUAAUCUAGUACCCUCCUACCGUUGGUUUCCUUCUUCGCCUAAAAUCUAGUACCCUCCUACCUUAUCCAACAGCCAAGAUUCUCUAUUUCCAUGAACUUUCCGAAUGAUUACCCGGCAGUUAUUAACCUCAAGUGACUGAUUGAGUAGGAUUUAGGAAAAACCAUGCUCUCUUGGGCAUUGUUUGGCAACCCCAUCUCCAUCUCCUUCCCUGCUCUUUCUUCUAGGCCUCAAACUGUUAGAGUUUGGUUCAAGCAACGAGCUUUCCUUCGACCCACAUCGGCUUCGGCCAACCAAUCUGUUUCUUUUCAAAACCAAACCAAGUCUUCGGUUCACCAUGACAGUCUCAGAGUCUUGGAAUGGGACAAGCUCUGCGACUGUGUUGCCUCUUUUGCCCGCACUACCUUGGGCCGUGAAGCCACUAAGGCCCAGCUAUGGUCUUUAAAUCAGACUUAUGAGGAAAGUUUGAGACUUUUGUGUGAAACCAAUGCAGCCGUUGAGAUGCACAAGCAUGGUGGUUGCUCCUUGGAUUUCAGCGGAAUCAAUGUCCUUCUGGUGAAAUCCGCAAUCCAACAUGCUCGGAGGAGUUUACCGAUGGAAGGAGAUGAGGCAAUGGCUGUUGUAUGUCUCCUGCAGUUUGCUGAAACUCUGCAGGUUAGCUUAAAAGCUGCAGUAAAGGAAGAUGCAGACUGGUAUAGACGUUUCAUGCCUCUUACAGAAGUGAUAAUGGGAUUCAUCUUAAAUCGGUCAUUGGUGAAGUUGAUAAAGCAAGUUAUAGAUGAAGAUGGUUCUGUUAAAGAUUCUGCGAGUCCUACCCUGAAACGGUCACGCGAUCAAGUUAGGACGCUUGAGAAGAAGAUAUAUCAAUUAAUGGACAGCCUAAUUAGAAAUGAAAGGAAUGAAACAUCCUCUAUGGAAGUGUAUAACAUUGAUGGCAGGUGGUGCAUAAGAUCAAGUGCUGAUAGGCUAACAAACUUUAAGGGCCUAUUGUUGCCCAGUAAUUCAGGCAUUGGAAGCAUUGUCGAGCCGUUCUCUGCCGUCCCUUUGAAUGAUGAGUUGCAGCAAGCAAGGGCAUCGGUGGCAAAGGCUGAGGCAGAUGUGCUUUCCAUGCUAACACUCAAGAUGCAAAUGGAUCUUGAUGACAUUGAAAUGCUUUUGAACAGUAUCAUCCAACUAGAUGUGGUCAAUGCUCGUGCAACCUAUAGUCUUUCUUUUGGUGGUACAUGUCCCACUAUAUUUCUUCCAGCAGGGGAUGACUUCUCAACUGCUGGUUCUAACAUGUCAGGGAACGAAACUAUGAACACACCACUCCCCAAUAAGAAGGAAUGGGUUCUGUAUCUGCCAAAAGCUUAUCAUCCUCUAUUACUUCAUCAUCAUAGGCAAAAUCUAAGGAAAGCCAGGAAGAAUUUAAAGAAUGCUUCUGCAGAAAUCAGAAGCAAUAUUCCAGUGAAAAAAGGAGAAAAAGAUGCGGAACUUUCAUCCUUGAAAAUGAAGGUUAGUGCACUUGAACAAGCUCAUCCGGUUCCAGUUGAUUUUUUUAUAGCUCAGAAAACUCGAGUUUUGGUUAUAACUGGCCCUAAUACUGGGGGUAAAACAAUUUGCUUGAAGACUGUUGGAUUAACUGCUCUGAUGGCAAAAUCAGGCCUCCAUGUUUUAUCUUCGGAAUCUGCACAUAUCCCUUGGUUUGAUUCUGUCUUUGCUGACAUUGGUGAUGAACAGUCCUUGUCCCAAUCUUUAUCCACCUUCUCUGGCCAUUUGAAACAGAUAAGUAAUAUCCAAUUAGAGUCAACAAGUCUCUCCUUGGUGCUACUGGAUGAGGUUGGUGCUGGAACGAAUCCUCUAGAGGGAGCAGCUCUGGGAAUGUCAAUACUUGAAUAUUUUGCAGAAACUGGGGCACUGUUAACUAUAGCUACCACACAUCAUGGGGAGCUUAAAACCCUGAAAUACAGUAACGAUGCAUUUGAAAAUGCAUGUAUGGAGUUUGAUGAAGUUAACCUUAAGCCAACUUACAAGAUUCUCUGGGGAGUACCAGGGCGUUCAAAUGCAAUAAACAUAGCUGAUAGAUUAGGUCUGCCUGGUGUGGUGGUGGAAAUGGCUCGUGAACUAUAUGGUGCAGCUAGUGCAGAGAUAGAUGAGGUCAUAAUUGAUAUGGAAAGAUUAAAGCAGGAAUAUCGAGAGCUUUUACAUGAUGCACAAUAUCAUCUCAUGCUCUCAAAGGAUCUGUAUGAAAAUCUAUUAGUUGCCAAAAGAAAGAUCGAGGAACAUGCUUGUAAUCAAAGAUUCAGGAAAACAAGAGUAAUAUCUGAGACUGCUGCAAUGGCACGCUCUACACUUCACAAGAAAGUUCGACAGCUUCGAGCAUCAGCAGCACUUCAACCUUUGCAACCCACUACAGCAGAUAAAAAAAGCAAGCAAAAAGUGGCCACAACUAACUCCCAUCAGACCAUCACUGACAACAGAACUGAAUCUUCUAUGGCGUAUAGGAAUAUGCCCUCCACUGAGAACAUCAACCGAUCACCCUCAGGAAAAUCCGGGCUUCCAAAGGUUGGUGAUGUGGUGCAUAUUUCUUCCCUUGGAAAGAAAGGAACAGUUCUAAAAGCCGAUCCAUUAAAAGAAGAAAUUUUGGUUCAAGCUGGUAUGAUGAAGUUGAAAGUGAGACUCAUUGAUGUUGAGAGGUGACUGUUAACGGAUCUUGUGGGGUUGUGCAAACUCAUCAACCCAUUUUCUACCUUUACACGGAUUUCUUAUUUCAUGAUGUUAUGUGGUUAUCAAUCCAAAUUGACAUCCUGACAUUGUAAAACGAAAUUAAAAGCUAUUGGUUUUAUACAGUCAUUGCCAUUGAUCAUCAACUUUACUAAUAGAAGUGGGAAAAGGACCAUUAGCUUAUCAUUCACUAGUUUGUAUAUACGUCCAAAAUGCUACGGAGAGGGUUUAAUUUUAAUUUUAAUUUACUUAUUUAUUUAUUUUGUCAUUAUAGUUUAGGUGAAACAGACAAUGUAAUCGUCCUCAUUGGUAAAGUAUAUUUGUUUUAUCAGUUAGCUCUUU